AUGAUUAAUAUCGUUUUUACCUUCAUACUAUACCUACACCUCGUCAGGGCUAUCGCCGGAAAUGGAGAUGAGAACCAUGUCUCGCGGGAUGUUUUCGACUCACUCGAAGAACAAUCCCGUCUAGUGGACAUUUCGUACUGUGUAGGCACCACAGGAGUACAAGAGCCAUUCCAAUGUCUCAGUCGAUGCGACGAUUUCCCCGAUUUUGAGCUCAUCACCACAUGGAACACAGGAAUCCUCCUCUCCGACUCAUGCGGCUAUAUCGCCCUGUCGCACUCGUCCAAGCGAAUCAUUCUCGCAUUCCGCGGCACCUACUCCAUAACCAACACAAUAAUCGACCUCUCCGCCUAUCCCCAAGCCUACAUUCCCUACGAAGGAGAGCCCGGAGCCCCAGGCCCAAAAUGCGCCAACUGCACCGUCCAUGCCGGCUUCAUGAACUCCUGGCUCAACACCCGCGAAACGGUUCUACCGCACGUGGCGCAGGCAUUGCAAAAGUACCCUGACUACGAGGUCACACUCGUUGGACAUUCUCUCGGCGGUGCGGUAGCCGCGCUAGCGGGUCUUGAGAUGCGUAUCAAAGGUUGGGAUCCGCUGGUCACCACUUUUGGAGAACCGAUGGUCGGGAACGAAGACUUUGUCCGAUUCUUCGAUGACCAAUUCGGGUUCGGAGAUGCAGUUGGCAUUCCUCCUAUGAAGGGUCGGCGGCUUAGACGCGUGACUCAUAUCGAUGACCCGGUGCCUCUCCUCCCGCUUCAGGAAUGGGGGUAUCGCGCACAUGCAGGUGAGAUCUUUAUCUCCAGGUCGGAGCUUCCGCCCAGGAUGGAAGAUGUGCAUGUCUGUGUGGGUGAUUACGAUCCGAGGUGUCUGUCCGGCUCCGAUGGUCCUGCAUUCAAUAUUUUCAAAGAUGCGGACUCUUCGGCUUCCCUCGCAGGUUGUCAACAUGGCGAGCCUGUCUCUGGCGAAAGACAGAUUGUCAUUGGUAAAGAUGCAGACCAGGAUUAUGCUGACUGCGAGGUACCUGGGAAAGAUAGAUUGUCCUCUCGCCGCUGGGGUUGGUCUCUUAUCCCGGCAAGAUACCGGCUCUGGGAGUUAUUUUAUGCCCACCGAGACUACUUCUGGCGGAUUGGACUGUGUGUUCCCGGAGGUGAUCCAACUGGAUAG